UUACAACCAUUGAACCUCGGUCAACACUUUUCCACUUGCAGUCCUCAGCGCGUGGGGAAGCGCCCAAGCAUACUUUCGCCAGCAGUCCAUAUCAAACGUCAAACUGAGGACUUUGAAAGCGGCAAAUUAGUGUCUAUAAUGAGAGUUCGGCCUUCCGACGCAAAUUCCGACGAAGACCUACUCGCCAUCAUCUGGACAAUGCCAGCUGGAAUGAAGAAUGGCAAUGGAAAUAACUCGGUGCMCAAAAUCGCUAAUAAUGUCCCGUUAAUGAUGACGCGUAACGAAAUUCACAAUCGAAUUGCACAAAAAAUGCCAUAUGCGAUGUAUUACAGCGCCAAUCGCCACGACAACAACAAUAGUMCCUAUGACACUGGCAACAGUAGCGCGCAGCUGCUACAUGCACCCACAAUAAACACAGUGACAACACUAACUGAUUCGACACACACGAGUGCGGCCAUGUAUGACGAGCAAAACCUGGAAGACAUCAAUCGCUCACUCUUGCUGACGACAGCUGUCAGCGCCACCGCAACGCCCGCCAGCGGCAGCAACAACAGCASUCCGCUUCAAACGGGGUUUAUGGCCAACAACACUAAUAACGUCGCAACUGCCAUUGACGCGGACGAGGAAUGGGCGCGGUUCUACGACCUGAUGCUGUCGUGGCAGGGCAUUUGUCUAAUUGCUGUCUUCAGCACUUUCAUUGUGGUUACCAUCAUCGGCAACACUCUCGUUAUAUUGGCCGUCAUAACAACGCGUCGCUUAAAAACCGUCACCAACUGCUUCGUUAUGAGCUUGGCCAUCGCUGACCUUCUGGUGGGUAUAUUUGUGAUGCCACCCGCUGUAGCUGUCCACCUGAUAGGCUCCUGGCGUCUGGGUUGGGUGCUCUGCGACAUUUGGAUAUCACUGGAUGUGCUGCUCUGUACGGCAUCCAUACUGAGCCUGUGCGCCAUCAGCGUCGACAGGUACUUGGCCGUUACGCAACCUCUGACCUAUUCACGCAGAAGACGCUCCAAGCGAUUGGCGUUCAUAAUGAUUCUGGUUGUUUGGGUCCUGGCUUUGGCUAUCACGUGCCCGCCAAUGUUGGGUUGGUACGAGCCAGGGCGWCGCGACCUAAGCGAGUGCCGUUACAAUCAGAACGAAGGAUAUGUGAUUUUCUCCGCCAUGGGCUCAUUCUUCAUUCCGAUGGCCGUUAUGAUUUAUGUUUAUGCGAGAAUUUCAUGUGUUAUUGCGUCGCGUCAUGACCACAUGACGGACAUCAGCGUCCAUAAUAAGAAGUUCAAGCGCUAUACAGCCGCCGAUGUAGAAAAUGACAUUGACCAUGACUUCUCUGAGCAGGARCUCAGUUCGGGCCAACGAAAACAGGCAGCAGCCCGUACAUUUUCAAACCAAACCAUUGCCAAGGAGUUGCAUGACGUGAUACUGUGCGAAGGUGAGGCUCUUGGCGCCACUGCCACGGCAGCUACUGACGGCAGUGGUAAUGAUAAUGGCAACGGUGGUGGUGAUGGUGGUUCUUCACCUCARUGCCACUCUCUACUUGCUCUAAGCACCGCGAAUGCCAAGAAUAGUUGCUAUGAAUUAACGCGUCCGUCGUCUUUAAGGCGCACUCCGACAUCGUCCUCCACCACGACCGUUAUGACAAGCGGUUGCGGCGGGGGCGGUGGUCUGAACAUUCCCGCAGUUGGCAAUACAAGCUUAAGUGAUCAGCACUGGCCGGCACGUACGCUUAGCGUGCGACAUCACCAUCAUAUUGGCGCUUCCGGCAGCGGCGGCGGCAGCGGCUCAGGCUUAAACGCGAUUGCUUCUGCAGCCAGUGCGACCACAUCGCCACAUUUGCAGCCGGAAGCAGCUGCAUUGACACGUCACACACGCAUACAGCAACAACACCAUCACCACCACGCCAAAUCCCUCUCGAAUCGCAUCACUUCGCUGAAAAAGGAGAACAAAACUACGCAAACGCUGAGCAUUGUUGUCGGCGGUUUCAUCGCGUGUUGGCUACCGUUCUUCGUAUACUAUCUGAUAACCCCUUUCCUGGAGGAGCAUCAAGUAAGUCGAACGCUGGCGAAGGGACUCACCUGGCUGGGUUGGUUCAAUAGCGCCAUAAAUCCCUUCAUUUAUGCCUUCUACAGUGUUGAUUUUCGUGCGGCAUUCUGGCGACUGACGUGCAAGCGCUUCUUCAGUGUAUCCAUGAAACCGCAAUUUCCAACGAACACUAUGUCCAUAAGACGAUAGUUGAAUGCUCUGCAAAUAUGUUACGUAUAAAUAGUUAUAUCUAGCUAAUAAGUGUAGAAUAAGAAAGAGGGAAGAAGGAUUGGAAUAUUUUUUCCAUAUUAAAGUUCAUUUAAUUGGAAUUCGGUAAGGCGACGUGGCUGCUAAAGCGAUUACUUGAGGCAUUUGUGUGCUGGGUUCAGGGUACAGUUCACUUUAGCCCUGCACUGACUAGGAUUUAAACCCGGAACCAUUUAAGAGAACUGUUGGAUAUAAAAAAGUUGAAAUUAAUUAAAUAUUAUGAUAAUACAGACAACUAGAACAGUGUUGACUCAAUUAAUUCGCAUGUUCCAUCCUUUAAAUUUUGGUGGGAUUUGUGAAGGUUUGUGGCUAAUAUCAGAUUACGGAUAUUAUUUGAAAAUAUUUUGAAAGAAAAUUAUUUCUACAAUAAGCAGGAUUUGGGUAGUGGGGGUGCAGUUUUCAUAAUAAAUGUACUUAUUGCAGUUAUGACUGUAGUAUCUGAAGAAAGGGAWCUCUUAGUAGUUUUGAAAAUGUGUGGCCAAUUCCUUUCCACAUAAAAUUUAGAUCCGCUUCAGUUGCAAAACUCCGCUUGUCUCCACAAAAUGCAGUCGAGCAGUUGGGUAAAAAAUUCGGUGCAACUGCUCCAUUUCAUAAUUAAAUAUUUUAACGAAUGUGAAGUAUUACCUUUUCCACCGAAAACAAAACGAUCUCUUYUUCAAAUUUUAUCAAAACCGUUUUACCGCCCACGAAUGAAUAAAAUCAUCAAACCGAGCRUUCACAUUGACUUGCCGAAAAGCCCAUAUGGAGGUCUACUGGACUGGAACAAGCGUCAGUAGCUCAAGGGCAACAGUUGGAAAUCAUCUACGCCUCUGCAUGCAAAUCGASCUCGCUCUCACGCACCAAUACAUAGGCGCAAGCUCACCAAUAUCUAAAUGAAUGUUUAUGUGAGGCGGUUGCCACGCUAAACUGAUUUCAAAUCUGUAACGUUGGCAUAUUUACGAGUCCGUUUUUAUAUUUCUAUGCAAAGUUGAAUUGAAAAUUGACUGUUUUCGUUAUUUUGUUGCUUUUUCUUUGCAAACCGGAAAAACACACGAGCUCACAUGUAGUGGGGAUCACUUUGAAUGCGCCGCAAACGUUUUGCUGUGGCGCGAAAAUGKCCGCGACGCAACGUGACUAGAAUUCGCUCGGCAGCAGCGUGUGUCGCACUAAUGUAAUUUAGUUGCACGRAAUUUGUGGAACUGCCAAAGCAAAAAGUUAAACUUUCGGCUGUCAGACGUUUGUUCGUUCGAAAGUUGUGUUGCAAAAAAAGAAAAACAAUGAACAAUUUGAAAAUUGGGUGCAAUGCAGCCCAAUAAGCUGCGGGGGCGCGGAGAGUAAGG